AUGUCUGCCAAACCCGCGGAGGCUGCGCGGCCGCGGCCUGCUGAGACCAAGAAGGUCCAUAUCGCCGAUACGGUCAUGACUCGCCAGAACUGGUACAAACACGUCAACUGGCUCAAUGUCUUCCUCAUCAUCGGAAUCCCGCUGUACGGAUGCAUCCAGGCCUUUUGGGUGCCCCUGCAGCUCAAGACCGCCAUCUGGGCUGUCGUCUACUACUUCUUCACCGGUCUCGGAAUCACGGCGGGAUACCACCGUCUCUGGGCUCACACCUCGUAUUCCGCUACACUCCCCCUGCGGAUCUGGCUGGCAGCUGUUGGUGGCGGUGCCGUUGAGGGCUCCAUCCGCUGGUGGGCUCGCGACCAUCGUGCUCACCACCGUUACACCGAUACCGACAAGGACCCCUAUUCCGUCCGCAAGGGUCUGCUCUACUCCCACCUGGGCUGGAUGGUCAUGAAGCAGAACCCCAAGCGCAUCGGCCGUACCGAUAUCUCGGAUCUUAACGAGGACCCCGUCGUUAUGUGGCAACACCGCAACUACCUCAAGGUCGUCUUCACCAUGGGUCUUCUCGUCCCCAUGCUGGUCGCUGGUCUCGGCUGGGGUGAUUGGUUCGGUGGUUUCAUCUACGCCGGUAUUCUGCGUAUCUUCUUCGUCCAACAGGCCACCUUCUGCGUUAACUCCCUGGCCCACUGGCUGGGAGACCAGCCCUUCGAUGACCGCAACUCCCCCCGUGACCACGUGAUUACCGCUCUGGUCACUCUUGGUGAGGGAUACCACAACUUCCACCACGAGUUCCCCUCCGACUACCGCAAUGCCAUCGAAUGGCAUCAGUACGACCCCACUAAGUGGACUAUCUGGAUCUGGAAGCAGCUCGGCCUCGCAUACGAUCUGAAGAAGUUCCGUGCCAAUGAGAUCGAGAAGGGCCGUCUGCAGCAGCUGCAAAAGAAGAUCGACCAGAAGCGCGCCAGGUUGGACUGGGGUACUCCUCUGGACCAGCUUCCCGUCAUGGAGUGGGACGAGUACGUCGAGCAGGCCAAGAAUGGCCGUGGUCUCAUCUCUAUCGCCGGUGUUGUCCACGAUGUCACCGACUUUAUCAAGGACCACCCCGGUGGCAAGGCUAUGAUCAACUCGGGUAUCGGUAAGGAUGCCACCGCCAUGUUCAACGGCGGUGUCUACUACCACUCCAACGCCGCUCACAACCUUCUCUCGACCAUGAGAGUUGGUGUCAUCCGUGGUGGGUGCGAGGUCGAGAUCUGGAAGCGGGCCCACAAGGAGAACAACGACCACGUUCGCGACGAGAAUGGUCAGCGUAUCAUCCGUGCUGGCCAGCAGGUCACCAAGAUCCCGGAGCCCAUUCCCACCGCCGACGCUGCAUAA